ACCCCCUACCUGAGAUAUUCCAAAGGAGUAGGCAAGACACCUGUCAAGAAGAGACUUAAAUCCAGCCUGUUACAACAAUAGCGCUGCUGGGAUAUAACUCAACGCAUGGAAUAAGGACGUCAUUUUGCUUCGAUACAGACUGGACGAAUCAAGCCUGAUUUGGGGCGCUUGAGAAAAAACAAUGCGCAUUUAAAGCUUCCAUCUCUCGAACGGCCAUUUAGUUGUUUAGAACUUUGAUAUACCACCUAUUGUGUUUCCCCCAUAGACCGUUUAGGUUUUCCAUUCGAACUCACUAGUGGACCAAGGCUUUAUCAUCAAUUUGUUAACAGAGGUCUGGAGACAAUGCAUCCCACUAUUCAGAAAGACACUACUUUCACUAAGAUAUUUGUCGGCGGUUUACCUUAUCAUACAAACGACGCAUCCCUUCGAAAAUACUUCGAGAUGUUCGGGGAUAUUGACGAGGCCGUUGUGAUAACGGACAGACAAACCGGGAAAUCCCGAGGAUACGGAUUUGUGACUAUGAUGGACAGGGGGUCGACAGAACGGGCAUGUAAAGACCCCAACCCCAUCGUCGACGGGAGGAAGGCUAACGUCAACCUGGCCUACCUGGGAGCCAAGCCCCGCAGCCCACAGACAGGUUUCUCCAUCAGAGUGCAGCAGGUCCACCCCGCCCUGAUCCAGAGGCAGUAUGGAUUGGCCCAGCAGUGUAUGUACCCCCAGGCCUUCCUCCAGCCCAGUCUGGUGCUCCAGUCCCACCUCAGCCCCUCUCAGGCCUCCCUCACUUCUCCAUAUCUGGACUACAGCUCAGCCUAUGUCCCCUACACCUCGACCACCACCACUGGCCUGGAGCACUACCCCUACACUCCCUCCCCCUCGCUCUCCGCCAGCUACCUCAGCUACCCCUACACCCCCUCCCCCUCGCCCUCCGCAAGCUACCUCAGCUACCGCUACUCCCCUGCCACACAAGGUCCCACCAUUUCCGCCCCCAUUACCCCGCCCGUCCACCCCUCCCUCAACUCCUUUGCUGGCCUCUCUGUCCCCCCCGCUGCCUACCUCCAAUACCCCCUCCACCAGCCUGACCACAUGCUGUGAUGGUGGAGAGGGAGGUGUGGUGAUGUGGGGUGAGGAUGAUCAAAGGGGGGCACUGAUGACAACGUGAAUGGAGACUUGGAACAGGAGGAUUAUUGCGCUAUGACCUGCGACAUCAUCAGUAUGAGACUCCCGACAGCCGAUGAGAGAGUGGGUUCUGAAUCCAAAGGGCUCUGUCAAAACAAAACACACUGGGACGUCUUACUGUUUUUCUAUUAGGGUUAUUAUCCAUUGUUGUCGUAGUUGUUACUAUGCUAUUAUUGCUGUUGUCACCAAUGUUUAUACGAAUGUUUUUAGCUAAUGUUGGAAGUAAGAGCUAUCCCUGUGUCCAAUGCCAAACAUGAUGGAGUCAAUGGAACAUGAGAACUGAAAGAGGGGAAUGAAUGAUUCUGGAUCAACCUAGAUCCUUGCACUCCUCCUUACCCAUACAGAACACCCACCUCGUACACCAAGCCAAGGCUAGCCCUUCAAUGUAGUGGAUGGGGCUUGAAGGUUGGGCGAGGAUGGGUUGGGUAGCCAUUAUAUUUAACUAGAUGCUCCGCCUCUCUCUUCUGGAAGUUGUACUGAACGUUUCACUAGUGAGGUGAGAGAGGCAGCAUCCUCUUCUGGACAUUUCUCCAGGAAUACCUUUCUCUACGUGGCCUUAUAGCCUCUCUCUGUUUUCAUGUCCUCCAUGAGUGCAAGUAAGUUAUUGCAGAUUGAGAAUCACACUUUCACUGAAUAUGCAAUUAUUAUUCUGAUGGAGUAUGGGAUUAAUAUUUAUAAGGUAGGCAACAUUGUAACAUGCUUUUUAUAUCAAUGUUACUCUAAGAUAAUCAUGUCAAGGCAGAUUUUUGUAAAGAAGGUAUUUCCAUAUUCAUGUUUAUCCUCAGAGACCUGCAGCAGCUGGGGUAACUGACUAUCUCAGUAUUGUUUAAAGUGAGCAGAGGCAGAAACUACAGGCUAAUGGAGGAUGUAUGAUCUGGUGGAAUAAUAAUGUAAUGUUUUAAUGAUACAAGUGUUGUCCAUCAGGUGAGUUGAUGUCUGCUAGAACCUGACUGAUGCUAUGGGCUAGACUCAUGUAUGUGUACAGUCGUGGCCAAAAGUUUGUAGAAUGACACAAAUAUUAAUUUUCACAAAGUCUGCUGCCUCAGUGUCCUCAGAUAUUUUUGUCAGAUGUUACUAUGGAAUAA